AUGACCAUAAUUGCAAGAAUUUCUCAGUUGCGUCAAUCCAUUACACUCGAUGGGGAAGACUCAGACGCGGUUCCAUCAUCAGUUCCCCUGCUAGGACCCAGCCCCAGCAACUCGCUUACCCAAUCUGAGAUCGCGUUAAUUCGCGAAUGUACAGACGCACUCGAAGAAGAAUCUGUCGAUGUCGAGCAAAAUAUCCACUUUCUUGAAUCACUUCUUUCUCGUUUUCACAGACGAAGAGAUCAAAACCGGGCCAGCAUCUCGUUUCAGAAAUCCCUUCUCGUCCCUUUACCUCUUCCCUCUGCUAAUGAGAUCAUCUUCUUAUCCAACACAACUUCUCGUGUGCCAUAUUUCUCAGCUCCCAUAUCCCUCCUACCCGUGGAAGUUAUCGCCGAGAUUCUCCAAAUUGCCAUGAGGAACCUGCCUCGAACGUCCAUUCAUGAUACCCUGGAUAUCAAAAAGUCCGCACCAUGGACAUUUUGCCGCAUAUUCUGGGAGACGAACGCUCUGACAAUUUUCCCAAAGCGAAGCUGCGCCCCCUCCGAAAAUAUCUCCAUCGAUCCCUCGCGACGUUUAUUGGAUGUGACGAUGGAUUUCUCUGCCAUGGAUAAUUGGGCGCGUCCCCUGAAGCCAUUGUUGCGCCACACCCAUCGCUGGAGUAUCGUCGAUUUGACUCUUACACCGGUCCGCUUCCAAACAAUGGCGUCCUUUGUUGGGGUUGCUGACUUUCCGGCGCUUAAACGGCUCAAUAUAGAUGUGCAGGAUGCGGUCCUAAACCCAGCCCAGCCCCCCUUCCUGGAUCACUGA